CCUCUCCCUCUCUCUCCCCCUCUCCCACUCUGCGCGUUGCUCUCCUGCGCGGUCGCGUGCUGCUGCUCGCGACACCCCGGAGCAGUGCCUUUGGGGGAGGAGGAGGUGAGUAGAGCGCGUCAGGUGAGGGGGAGCCAUGAUGGAGUCGGCGGUCCAGCCCUGCGCCGCGUGCGGGGACGACGCGCAUGCCGCCUGCCGCGCCUGCAGCUAUGCGCUCUGCAAGGCAUGCCUCGACGAGGACGCCGCCGAGGGUCGCACCACCUGCGCGCGCUGCGGCGGGGAGUACGGUGGGCCUGACCCAGCGCAUGGCCAGGGGGCGGUUGCCGUGGAGGAGGAAGAGGAGGACAACCACGCGCCGGCGGCGAGCGGUCUGCGCGAGCGGGUCACCAUCGCCAGCCAACUCAGUGAUCACCAGGAACAGGAUGAAGGAGGCCAUGCCAGGACUAUGAGCACCCAUGCCAGGACAAUUAGCAGUAUGUCUGGAGUUGGGAGUGAAUUGAAUGAUGAAUCUGGGAAGCCCAUCUGGAAGAACAGGGUGGAGAGCUGGAAGGAGAAAAAGAAAGAGAAAAAAGCCUCAGCGAAAAAAGCUGCAGCAAAAGCACAAGCCCCGCCUGUGGAAGAACAGAUUAUGGAUGAAAAAGACUUGACAGAUGCAUAUCAGCCGCUUUCGCAUAUCAUUCCUAUAUCGAAGAACAAGCUCACACCUUACAGGGCUGUAAUCAUUAUGCGUCUGGUAGUUCUGGGGCUCUUCUUUCACUACCGUAUCACCAACCCUGUUUACAGUGCCUUUGGUCUCUGGAUGACAUCAGUCAUAUGUGAGAUCUGGUUUGGUUUCUCCUGGAUCUUGGAUCAGUUCCCCAAGUGGUGUCCUAUCAAUCGCGAAACUUAUGUUGAUAGGCUAAUUGCACGAUAUGGAGAUGGAGAAGAUUCUGGGUUGGCACCUGUAGAUUUCUUUGUCAGUACAGUGGAUCCAUUGAAAGAGCCUCCUCUAAUCACUGCAAAUACUGUUUUAUCCAUUCUUGCUGUGGACUAUCCAGUUGAAAAGGUUUCGUGUUAUGUGUCGGACGAUGGUUCGGCUAUGCUUACAUUCGAAUCACUUGCGGAAACAGCAGAAUUUGCAAGGAAAUGGGUUCCAUUUUGCAAGAAGUACUCCAUUGAGCCACGUGCCCCUGAGUUCUACUUCUCACAGAAGAUUGACUAUUUGAAGGACAAGAUACACCCAUCUUUCGUCAAGGAGCGUCGGGCUAUGAAGAGGGACUAUGAAGAAUACAAGGUGAGGAUAAAUGCUUUGGUUGCUAAGGCUCAGAAGACACCUGAGGAAGGCUGGAUUAUGCAAGAUGGGACACCAUGGCCUGGGAACAACCCCCGCGACCACCCUGGAAUGAUCCAGGUUUUCCUUGGUGAGACUGGUGCUCGGGACUUCGAUGGAAAUGAGCUUCCUCGGCUAGUCUAUGUUUCUAGAGAGAAAAGACCAGGGUACCAACACCACAAGAAAGCAGGGGCUAUGAACGCUCUGGUUCGAGUAUCAGCUGUUCUGACAAAUGCUCCCUACAUUCUUAAUCUUGACUGUGAUCACUAUGUUAACAACAGCAAAGCUGUUCGUGAAGCUAUGUGUUUCAUGAUGGACCCUUCUGUCGGUAGAGAUGUCUGCUAUGUCCAGUUCCCACAGAGGUUUGAUGGCAUUGACCGCAGUGAUCGUUAUGCCAAUAGGAAUGUUGUGUUCUUUGAUGUUAACAUGAAAGGGCUUGAUGGCAUCCAAGGGCCGGUUUAUGUGGGUACUGGUUGCUGUUUCUAUAGGCAAGCCCUCUAUGGUUAUGGACCACCAUCACUUCCUGCCCUUCCAAAGUCGUCAGUCUGUUCAUGGUGCUGCUGCUGCUGUCCUAAGAAAAAGGCUGAAAAAAGUGAGAAGGAAAUGCAUAGAGACUCUCGACGGGAAGACCUUGAGUCUGCCAUUUUCAAUCUUCGGGAAAUUGACAACUAUGAUGAGUAUGAGCGCUCCAUGCUUAUCUCCCAGAUGAGCUUUGAGAAGUCGUUUGGGCUGUCGUCAGUGUUUAUAGAAUCAACUCUUAUGGAGAAUGGAGGUGUUCCUGAGUCCGCAAACCCAUCUACAUUAAUCAAGGAGGCCAUUCAUGUUAUUAGCUGUGGAUAUGAAGAGAAAACUGAAUGGGGAAAGGAGAUUGGGUGGAUCUACGGUUCAGUCACAGAGGAUAUUCUGACUGGGUUUAAGAUGCACUGCCGUGGCUGGCGAUCCAUCUACUGCAUGCCGAUAAGACCCGCAUUCAAGGGAUCAGCGCCAAUUAAUCUGUCUGAUCGUCUCCACCAGGUUCUCCGGUGGGCUCUUGGUUCCGUCGAGAUCUUCCUCAGUCGUCACUGCCCGCUCUGGUAUGGCUACGGUGGCGGUCGUCUGAAAUGGCUCCAGAGGCUGUCCUACAUCAACACCAUCGUCUACCCGUUCACCUCUCUUCCUCUCGUUGCAUACUGUUGCCUGCCCGCCAUUUGCCUGCUCACAGGCAAAUUCAUUAUUCCCACGCUCUCGAACGCUGCAACCAUAUGGUUUCUUGGCCUCUUCAUCUCCAUCAUCGUGACGAGCGUCUUGGAGCUGCGGUGGAGUGGCAUCGGCAUCGAGGACUGGUGGCGUAACGAGCAGUUCUGGGUCAUCGGCGGCGUAUCCGCGCACCUCUUCGCCGUGUUCCAGGGUAUCCUCAAGAUGAUUGCCGGGCUGGACACCAACUUCACCGUCACGGCCAAGGCGACGGACGACACGGAGUUCGGCGAGCUCUACGUGUUCAAGUGGACGACCGUGCUGAUCCCGCCGACCUCCAUCCUGGUGCUCAACCUCGUCGGCGUGGUGGCCGGGUUCUCCGACGCGCUCAACAGCGGCUACGAGUCCUGGGGCCCACUCUUCGGCAAGGUGUUCUUCGCCAUGUGGGUGAUCAUGCACCUGUACCCCUUCCUCAAGGGUCUCAUGGGUCGCCAGAACCGGACGCCCACCAUCGUCGUGCUCUGGUCCGUCCUGCUCGCCUCCGUCUUCUCCCUCCUCUGGGUCAAGAUCGACCCGUUCAUCGGCAGCUCCGAGACCGUCACCACCAACACCUGCGCCAACUUCGAUUGCUGAGCACCACCUGUGCUCCAGGAGCAUCCCGUUUGGCGGUGUUUUGCUGGGAUUGCAAAUGUGUGUAUCUGAUGUGAAGAAGACGAACGGUGGUUUUCUCGCUCAGGGCUUUGUCCACGACCUGAGAGGUGAUGUAGGUUUAGUAUUUCGCAUCGAAGUGCUCGUUGUCAUUGUCUGUGUUAUAAAGAAGUUUUGAUGUUGAAGACGCUGAAACUAUGGGAGGGCACUAUUGAAUUCGUUUGAAUCAUACUGGUAGAAAAAGGAGGGGAUAAGAAAACAUGGGGAUUUCUUCAGUUUAAACGUGAAAUUGGACUGGCGACCAGUUUGUAAUUU